CGGGGGAUCAUCGCUGAGAGCCCUGGGUUUGGCGCUCGUUGCGUCUGGCGGACACCUGCCUGCCGGGAGAGGGGGCACGGCAGGACAAGGGGCGGCAAAGGCUUUUCUCCAGUCCCGCCAGCGGCCGGCUGCAGCCCGCGGACGCGCUGCCUGCUCCGCCCAGCGCCCGAAGCCCCCCAGCAGGCGGAUCCGAGCGAGCCUCUCUUUCCUUUCGCCCUUUCCUGCAGCGGGAGCCCGAGCCGCGGAAAGGGGGGCGAGCGGGGAGCCGGCACGGCGCCCGGGAGCACAUGGCAGCGGCAGGGAGCAGCCGCUGAAGGGAGGCAGCCGUAGCGUGGCUCUUGCCUAGACUCGCUUUGCUUCCCGGCGCCGGGGCGGGACUCGGCCGCGGGGCAUUUGGCGGGGCAGGCUGCGGAGAAGACCCCGGGAGCGCGUCUCGCCGGCGGUUCGGCGCCCCGCGCCGCCCGUCCCCCGGGCGCCUCGCCCCGAGCUGCUCCCUGGCCAGCGGGGAUGGCCCAGAGCCCGGACCCAGGGGCCUCCAGACUCCCGGGCCAGCCGGCCAUGGACCUCAACGCGUCCUCCGCCCCGGCGGGGGGCAACUCCACCUCGGAGCUGGGGGGCGGCGCCUGGAGGAGCCGGGAGCCCUUCUCCGUCUUCAGCAUCCUGGUCCUCGCCGGGCUGGUCCUCCUGACCGUCGCCACCUUCCUCUGGAACCUGCCGGUGCUGGUGACCAUCCUGCGGGUCAAGACCUUCCACCGGGUGCCCCACAACCUGGUGGCCUCCACCGCCCUGGCCGACGCGCUGGUGGCGGCGCUGGCCAUGCCGCUGAGCCUGGCGAAGGAGCUGUCGGCCGGGCGGCGCUGGCGGCUGGGCCGGGCGCUGUGCCAGGCGUGGAUCGCCUUCGACGUGCUGUGCUGCACGGCCAGCAUCUGGAACGUGGCGGCCAUCGACUGCUCCCUCCGCCGCCCCCUGGAGUACACCCCGCGCGCCCGCCGCCGCCUCUCCAGCGCCAUGAUCGGCCUGGCCUGGGCGCUCUCCGCCCUCAUCGCCCUGGCGCCCCUCUGCGGCUGGGGCGAGACCUACAGCCCCGCGCUGCAGCGCUGCCAGGUCAGCCAGGAGCCCUCCUACGCCGUCUUCUCCACCUGCGGCGCCUUCUACCUGCCGCUCGGCCUCGUGCUCUUCGUCUACUGCAAGAUCUACAAGGCGGCCCGGUUCCGGAUCGGCGGGCGCCGGAGGAACGCGGUCCUGCCCCUGGCGGAGAGGGGCCCGGUGAAAGAAGCUUCCCAUGAACCACAGAUGGUGUUUACAGCUCGCCACGCGACUAUCACUUUCCAGACAGAUGGAGAAACAUGGAGGGAACAGAAAGAGAAAAAAGCAGCUUUGAUGGUUGGCAUUUUAAUUGGAGUUUUUGUACUUUGCUGGAUACCUUUCUUUAUCACAGAAUUAAUAAGCCCCCUCUGUUCCUGCAACAUUCCACCCAUCUGGAAAAGCAUCUUUCUCUGGCUUGGCUACUCCAAUUCUUUCUUUAAUCCUCUUAUUUAUACAGCAUUUAACAAAAAUUACAACAAUGCCUUCAAAACACUUUUUGUGAGACAGAGAUAAAAGGGAUGGUUCCAUUACCAUGUCAUACACUGACUUAGUGGAGGGACUAUGUGCCUGUGAAAUGUCUGAUUGUAAAGAGCAGCAGCGAAGAUGACCACUGAACACCUGUGUGUUGGGACAUAAACCUACUUACCCUGUAUAGUCUCCCAUUGAAAUGCAUGUACACUGGGCUGUACUGAGGAAAGAUAAUGAUAGAAGACUGAAAGGGUGAAUGUUUCCCUUCUCGAGGAUUUGAAUCAAUUUGUGCUCAAUUCUGGAAGAAGUGAAUUGAAAACAUCUAGCAUCACACUAGUCCAAUCUAACCAGAGUAACCGCCUAUCAGGCCAACUCUUGCUGCCAUGUAGUAGAAUCUUCUUAAUGGGCACAGACAUCAAUGGAAUGAUGUUAAGCAUUAACAUCAGUUAUGCUUAACUGCCAGUUAAGCAAUAGCUCUGAUUGAUUGGUGCGCGGUCCUGAUGCUAGUUUACUUUUAGGAAAGUCUUUGGGGGGGAAAAAAGGACAAAUGCAUUUUGAUAUCAUUUUUGGUAAUAUUUGAAUAAAAUAAAUUGGACUAAGUUAAGCAGCCCUACUAGAGCAUGAACGAAGGGCACAGCACUCAUGCUAGCAAGCAUUGGUCCACUCCUAUAAAUUUAUUAUUACAAGUGAACCCUGAGUUAACUGAAACUGAAGGUCAGUUAUGUCCCCUUGGGUUACAGGAGUGGAGUUUUAGGGCCAGAUCCCCAAUUGGUGUAAAUCUGCAUUGUUCCAAUAAAGUCAAUUUAUACAAGUUGAGGAGUUGGUCCUGAGGUUUUAAUCCAUGCAGUUCUCUUAAGCUCUGUCGCUACCAGUUUUCUGCACCCAUGAUGUGCUCCAAGUUUGGGAUGUCUCCCUGAUACCUUUGUAUAGUUGAGGUUUACAUUUAUUUUUUUUACAGCACUAGCAAGGUACAUUCACUCCUGUAAACAGGCUUGGCAGAAACACCUGUGCCACUUACUUAUUCUUCUGUGUCGCUGCAGAGCAUUUCACACAGUCUGUUCUCUGGCCAUCAUCAAGUUAAUGAGCAUAUCUAUCAGGGUGCUGAUUGCAUGGAUUCUACCAUCACACCACACAAAGCCACAGUAUUGUACCACAAUUUUUCUAACGGCUUGGAUUCCACAUUCGGCUUUUAUUAGGAGGGAUUCAAAUUAAGUCUUUCCAUAUCACCACAGCAGUGUUAUUAAAUGUCUGUAGAGGAGGUUCUGACAACAAAAACGAUGCAGAAUUUGUGAUCAGCCAUUUCUUGUUUUACUUUGCUUUAAACAAAGCUCAUUGCAGUGUACCUGAAAAGGUUUCAUAGUGCUGAGGGGAUGACAAAAUGACCUCUCCCUUCUCAUCAAAGGCUUAACUUUCAUAGAAUUAAAAUUGGAAUGGGGUGCUCUGCUUUUCAGAGAAUAUA